GAAAGUCAGCUGAUCGUAGUGCCAGCCGGGGGUGAUAUGAUGCCAGCGUGAUGAAAGAUCCACGUUGACAAGUGUCAAGAUUCAUGUGUAAUAAUCCGAGGUUUUUAAAUCGAUUUUAGAGUGAAACGAUCAUGUCUAUUCUGCAUUGUGUGCUAGACACUAUUUAUGGAUUGACGAGGGGUAUCUUCGCCCUCUCGGUAUGUACAGCCAUCACUCUCCUUAUAAUAAUCCCAAUCUGGAUGCUAUACUGGAGAAGAAUAUUCGCAAAUAAGAAAAAGGAAAAUGCCAAGAAAAAUACAACAAUUGGGAUAUUCCACCCCUACUGCAAUGCUGGAGGCGGAGGUGAGAGGGUGCUCUGGGGUGCCAUUGAAGCCCUCCAAAAACAAUACUCCAAUGUUCAUAUUGUUGUUUAUACUGGAGACAUCGAUACUGAUCCUGAACAGAUGCUCAAUAAAGUUCAGAAAACUUUUGAGAUUCAAUUGCGGCCAGUUGAGUUUAUUUAUUUGUAUAAGCGGAAGUGGGUUGAGGCUGAGCUCUAUCCAAGGUUCACCUUGCUAAUGCAGAGUUUGGGGUCAAUGUAUCUGGGAUUCGAGGCGUUGAAAGCAUUCCAACCAGACAUUUACAUUGACACGAUGGGCUACGCCUUCACGUACCCGCUCUUCAAGUAUGUCGGUGGCUGCCGAAUUGGUUCCUACACCCAUUAUCCAACGAUCUCUACUGACAUGUUGCGUCACGUCUACCGAAGAGUUGUAUCCCACAACAACCAUCGCAUAAUCGCCCGAAAUCCCUUCUUAUCAGCAGCAAAAAUUGCAUAUUACAAGCUCUUUGCAAUAAUUUACGGCUGGAUGGGCAGAUGUGCCGAUAUCGUGAUGGUGAACUCCUCGUGGACCGAGGACCAUAUCAAUUCCAUUUGGAAGUGUCCCCUCAAGACUCACAGGCUUUACCCACCUUGUGCUAUCGAACGUUUGGCAGAUUUACCUCUUUUAUCUGACGAGGAAAAGGGGAAUAUCAUCAGAAUUGUGUCGGUGGCACAGUUCAGACCUGAGAAGAAUCAUCCGUUGAUGUUGAGGAUUAUGUACGAGCUUAGAUCGAUUAUCACAGAGGAGGAUUGGAAUAAAGUUCGUCUGGUACUCAUAGGUUCUUGCAGAAACGAUGACGAUCGGACUCGUGUGAAGGACAUGCAGGAUUUAUCGAAACAUCUAGCAGUCGACGAAAACGUGGAAUUCAAGCUGAACAUUCCGUACGUCGAAUUGAUCAGAGAGUGUCAACUUGGUACGAUUGGUUUACACGCCAUGUGGAAUGAGCAUUUUGGCAUCAGUGUCGUGGAGUGUAUGGCUGCUGGGUUAAUCAUGAUAGCUAAUGACUCUGGUGGACCCAGGGCUGACAUCAUUGAGACCCAACGAGGGAGUCAGACUGGUUUCCUAGCAGUUGACGCCGAAGAAUACGCCAAAAUUAUAGCUACGAUAAUUCACAUGAAGCCAGAGGAGAGGAGCACAAUAAGAAACGCGGCGAGAGCCUCAGUUAACAGAUUCUCCUGUGAACAAUUCGAGAGAGAGUUCUUACGUACAGUAGCUCCACUCUUUCGACCCAAGUUAGAAUAAAUACCUUGGUGCUGAGGCACAACAAAAUUUUAUCAAUAUAAACACAACAGAAUUUUCAAGUGAAGAUUUCAAGUGCCACUGUACAAAAUGUGACUGAUCAAUUCCAGAUUUUUACCUAUAUUAAAGAACUAAGUGCAAAUUUAUUAA